GAGCAUCGCGUCCCCUGGACCACGAGGAGGCUGUUAGCGGCUGUUAGCGGCUGUUAGCUGUCUUUGCAUGAAGCCUCCCAGGAUUUGUGCGGCGAGGCCCCUGACGCGUCCCCGUCCGCCGCUCUCUGGUCGCGGUGGUUGAAGUUCAGAGGAUGGAUUCGUGCAGGGAGGAGUGCGAAAAGGAGACCAACAAGCUGCUGCGCUGCUUCUUUGGCUUCAUCACUGGGACGGUGGUUCAAGGUAUUUAAUUUUGUCCUCCUGCAUCUGGGAGAAAUAGGAAUAAAACAGCUUUGAGCAACAUUAGUAAUAAUAAUAAUACGCUGUAUGUGUGCGAUUCAUAGAAUUAUGGAUCCGUCAUGUAAAGUAACGUUCUGUGUGUUUGUACAUUUGAGUAUUUCGAUUUAAUGCAGCUUUUUACUUUCAGUUCAGUUUCACAACUGUGCAAAAGCACAAAUAGGUCAAACUGAAUAUUUCUAGAUGAACAGAAACUUGUUUGUCAGAACUUCGAUGUGUUGUUUCCGUCCUCAGAUUUAUGAAUCGUCUCACGACCCUCGGAUUUGUCUUUUCAGACGCUGGUACCUGUGUACCUGGAUCAGCUGAUUGGCGAGUGUGGAGUGUGUACUGAGUAGCUUGGUUAGAUGAAUAAUCUAUAGCUUUACUUUACUCAUCACUCUGGUUCUUUCGCGUUCCUGCUCCGUUGCUUGUUUACCAGCGUGUCCUUCUUCAUUCAGUCUUCACGUCCUUCCGUUCGUCAUUGAUUGGCUGUAACUCUAUCGCCCGUUCUCCUCCGUGUCCUUUCACCCAGCGAACGCGUUGCUUCAUCAGGCUGAGCCAGCGCUCGUGAUCCCUGCCUCUCGUCUUCAUCCACAUUCGCCCUCUUUACUGUCUUUUUCAAGUCUUGCUCAUCCGUCUUACGCUGUCCGACACCUCUUGCUGUUGCGUUUGCCUCGGACUCUCUGACAGGUGAGGGCUUCCUGGGGGUCUCUCCUCAGACAGACAGCACCUGAUAAUGAUGCGUGUUGUCUGCUGCCUCCGGGCUUGUUUAGCCUCUCAGCAGUGAUAGAUCUCAGUCUGAAUCUCCAUAAUGGCGACAUCCUCAGGAAGCAGGUCAGCUCUCCACUGAACCAUGAACCUUAAAAUAAACCUUAUUCUGCCUCCAGCAGUGGAAAGAGAGGAGAGAGACCUGUGGCUGGAAGAGGACUAAUAAAAGAGCUGAAGCGGAGGAAAAGGAUUAAAGUCCAUGCUUUAAUUAGGCAGCUAGGCCGACUUCCAGCCUGCCUUCUGAGCGGGUUCCAUGAAAGGGAUCAUCUCAUGUGGAAGGGACUGGAUGUGGUGUUAAUGGGAACAGGAGCUUCCUAGUGCAGCUCUCGUAGAAGGUUUUGGUGCAGAGGCCGCAGCUGCUUUAAAUGUCUGGAGCGCUGUUUCCUGAUCGUGGAGCUUCAGGUCAACACACAGUUGUUUGCUGCGUUCCGUGCCUGGAGCAGUUCAAUCCGGCGUCUCUUCUCUGUGGGCCGCGUCUGUCUGUGUUUUGGUGACUGCGGAUCGAGUCGCUUACGGAUGAUGUGACAAACAGAGCAGACGCCCGUUGGUUUCCAGCUGAGUGGGCGUUUAUAUGAUCUUUGAACAGUCUGGGAAAAAUGGAUCGCUUCUCUCACGUUUCCUUGUCUUCCCUUUUCUGAAUGAGCUAGUGAAUGGACGCCUCUCAGCUCUGGGUUGCCAGUCGUCUACCGCCCUCUAGUGUUUAGUCGAUGCAUUACACUGAAGGAGAACGUUUAAUCGUUUGGGUUGUUGUCAUUGUUAGAUUGGUUAUUUGAUGUUUAUUGCUGCUUGUUAAAAUUUUAGAGGAUAUAUCGUUAAUAGGUUUUGGUUGUAAUCAUAUAUGCAUUAACAUCUACUCAAGGGGAUGUUUGAUGAGUGCUUUCACUCUGAAAUAAUUGAUUGUUUAAAUGUGACAAUGUUCCACUGCUGCUGCUGGUUAUGACAAAUGGAGGAAAAUGGAGUGAGUCAGGAUAAUUUAAUUUCUGUAACCUUAACGUAAUUGAGUAAAUCGUCCCAGUGUCAGCUGAUCAUUCAGGCCUCGACUGGAGCUGUUAUGGAGAGCCAUCCAUUCAACCAUCUCUUUUCUACAGAAAACUGUUACUGGACACAACAUUCUAAUGUGGUCAACUCUAAUGCAAUGGUAAACUGAUUUAGGAUAUUUGGGGUCAUUAAAAUCAUUAAAAUCAUUUAUGCUGUUUCCAUGUUGCAUGAAUUCUCAAUGUUAUUACCUGUUUGGAAGCUGCGUAGUUUGGUUUCACCAGAUUGUGAAGUUCUGAGUUGAUGAGACAGUGUGUGAAUCCUUCCAAAUCGAUGUAUCACGGCUCGCUUCCAGAGAGAAAUGCGGCAGAUUGCCAACAAUAAGCUGCAUUAUCACUGCCCUUUCAAGCUAAUGCAGGCCUGAUCUCCCUCUGCACCUAUCGCUGUGGCAGCACUUUUUAUUGUUGUUGUCAUAGACGCCGUUCGUGCUGCAUCUCCUCCAACGCUGGUGCUUUGCAUUUUGCUCUGUUAAAUUCAGGUAAUGAAAGAAAAACAAGUGAAAGUUUGUGUAAUUGUAUAUUUGAGACCGAUGUAAUAAAACUCCUCCAGGUGUUUGUGAGAUAGUGUUGACAAAAGCACCCAGUGCGUCACAGUGACUGUGACCUUUGACCUCCAGGCACUAAAAUCUAACAACCAGAUAAUUCACCAUAUUAUUGAACUAUACCCUAAAUGCUGGAGUUCAUUCAUGGCCACCCCUACUUUACAGUGAAAUACUAGAGGUUUGCGUCAGUAAGAGGGAGGUUGUGUGUAGGAGUAUUUGUGUGUGGAGAGGAAGAGAAUCAGACAGAAAGGCGUGAGGUGAUGUGUGUGAAGUGAAAGGUCAGUACCUGCAGCACCGUUUGAUCCCGUCCUCCUUUUUAUCCGGCUGUGAUGUGGCGUCACAAACUCAAACGGAUUUUCAAAUGUGGCCUGUGACAAAAGCCUGUGAGCACAGUUGACUCACCCCCAACCCCUCGUCAGACGCCGUCCUCUCCACCAGGCAGUUUCACCUGUCAGUACAUGAGAUUAGGACUCGAGCUUUGCUCCUUUUCUGGCGUUUGGACAUUUUUGACGGCAGGAACCAAACAGUCCUAUUAGCACUGAUCUCUGAGCCUGGUGAAGUUUGUGGUGGUUCUGCUGCAUCAUGGGAGCUGUGAUGGCCGCUCUCUCUGUGGAGGCCAGGAGGCGCCUCUCUCGGCCCAGCUGCCUCUCUCACUGCGGCCACAGUGCGGCCCGGUACCAUCGCUCAGACAGCAGCGACAGUGAUUUGGAGCUGUCGACCGUGCGCCACCAGCCGGAGGGGCUGGAUCAGCUGCAGGCUCAGACCAAGUUCACCAGGAAGGAGCUUCAGUCUCUCUAUCGAGGCUUUAAGAAUGAGUGUCCCAGUGGGAUGGUGGAUGAGGAGACGUUCAAGUCUAUCUAUUCUCAGUUCUUUCCCCAAGGAGAUGCGUCCACCUACGCUCACUUCCUGUUCAACGCGUUUGACAUCGACAGGAACGGGUCGAUCAGAUUUGAGGACUUUGUGAUCGGCCUGUCUGUGCUGCUCAGAGGGUCGGUCACCGAGAAGCUCAACUGGGCCUUUAACCUCUACGACAUUAAUAAGGAUGGCUACAUCACCAAAGAGGAAAUGCUGGCGAUUAUGAAAUCCAUCUAUGACAUGAUGGGCAGAUACACCUACCCCUGUGUACGAGAUGAAGCUCCAUCUGAGCAUGUGGACAAGUUCUUCCAGAAAAUGGACAAAAACCGAGACGGUGUGGUGACUAUUGAGGAGUUCAUCGAAACCUGCCAGAAGGAUGAAAACAUCAUGAACUCCAUGCAGCUGUUUGAGAAUGUGAUAUAACACAUCAGGAUGCUCCGAGCUGUUUUCCUUUCUAAGCCCACAAGUACAACACAGAGCACAUACACACGCUCCACAGCCGUCAUGACAUCUGGACACAUCACUUAGCUACUGUAAAGAUACAGGAACUCGCUUCCUGCCACGAUCCUUUAGUUGCAUCCUGCAAAUGCUUUGGGAUUUUAAAAGGCUGCUCCAUACAGACAAAGAGCUUCCUGGGCUACAUUCAGUCUGUCCAGCGUAUUUUUGCGUUCCUAAAGGAGAAUCAGGGCAAGGUCUUAAGCUUUCAUCAUCAGACAGGCAACACAGCCACCGAACAGGAGCGGAGACGCGUUCAAGAAGCCACGGACCAGAGCACAUGAGGACGCUAGCUUUAAAACGCCUUGUCUCUCUGUCACGCACCCACACACACAAACCUGCUGUUUCCUCUGAGUGUUUAGAGCGCUGGAUGACGUGAACUAGGAGCAGCAUGAGAAAACACAGACAAAUGAACUGCAGCAUGUUUGUCAUCCAAUAUGUGAUGUGGAUUUAGCUUGCACUACAAUUUUAAAACUAUGUAUAAUAUGCGCCUGGAAAAAGGCACUGUACAUGUAGAUAUCUGCACUUGCUACACCACAGUGUGUAUGUAUAUAUGUAUAGUUAAUAGUAUAUAUUCUACAUUGUGAUGGUUGCAUCUGUGCUGCACUGGGUCAUGAAACAAGACCAGAAUUUAUUUAGGAAACGUUGUCGUAGUAGUAAUAGUGCUUCACAGAACUGAAAUGGAUUAUUGAAAUGGGUUUUUUUGUAUUUUUAGCAGAUUAUGUUUAGCUGGUCACAUUGGAAAAGAACGUUGGUUCAGUACUGUGAAGAAACCAGUGUGUUUUAAUGCUUAACUUUGGUUCUCCGGUAUCUCCGAGCAUGCUGAGUCUAAGCGCCACAGUAUUAUGUACAGUACAGUAGGACCUUGUGAUGUCAGUUAAAUAAAAAUGCUGUUGACAUCCA